GGGGCCACGUGUUGAGAUCAGUGCGAAUGAAUGAAGGCCGUAAAGACCAGAUUCUCACCGGAGAUUGAUGUCUUUGAAAGAAUUCCGACACUAGAAAAAUGCGGUUCUCUCUUGGAUUAUAUCUCUUUUAUUUGGCUUUCGGAGUGGCGCAAAACGCUGCUCCAGAAAUUCACUCCCUUGAGUACAUCUACACCGCACUGUCCAAGCCAGUUGGUCUCCCUGGCAUCUACGAGUUCACGGCCAUGGGAAUCCUGGAUGACAAAGAGAUUGACUAUUACAACAGCCAGGAGAAGCUUAAGAUUCCAAGACAGGACUGGAUGAAAGAGCGCCUGGAUAGGAAUUACUGGGAUAAAGGAACACAGUCCCGCAAGAGCAAAGAGCAGUGGUUCAAAGUCAACGUCAACAUUCUGAUGGAUCGCAUGAAACACAACAACUCUGACCUCCAUGUGCUCCAGUGGAGACAUGGUUGUAAGGGUGUCCUUCAGCCUGAUGGCGCUCUGAAAUUUCUGAUGGGCUUUGACCUGUACAGCUAUGAUGGUGAGGACUUUCUGUCCUUUAAUGAAUCCGAGUCUCAAUGGAUUGCCCCAGUUCAAGCAGCUGUGCAAACGAAGAAAAAAUGGGAUGAAUCUCAGACCCUGAACCAGUACACUAAAGGCUAUCUGCAGAAGGAGUGUAUGGACUGGUUAUCAAAGUUCAUGAACUAUGGAGAAGCAGAGCUGAGAAAGCACUCUCCUCCCGAGGUUUUUGUCUUUGCAAAGGGGUCUAAAAACCCUGAAAAUGUUGUCCUUCACUGCCUGGCCACUGGAUUCUACCCUAAGGAUGUUGAGCUAGUUAUCUACAGGAAAGGAGUCCCCCUGAGUGAGACAGAUGGGGUGGUAUCUACAGGCGUCAGACCCAAUGGAGUCAGACCUGAGCGAAUGAAUCCCGAUGAGAGACCGGGGGAAACGUUCCAGCUCAGGAAGUUCAUAGAAGUUUCCAAGUCUGACAACAGUGAAUACAGCUGUGAAGUGAAACACAGAACCCUAGAAGCACCUAUUAUCAUCAAAUGGGAUGGUUCAUUCAUCGACUCUUCUGAUAGUGGCAGCAACAGGAGCAUC